UGUGGGUUUCGAAAUUUUGCAACAACCCUUUCUAUCCCUCGCCUUAACUCUCAAAGUCUCUGGAUUUUACCUCGGAGGCAUCAGUGGCAUAGUUGAGCCAAGGAUACCAACGUCUCAUUGCGACAGCCGAGAAUCCUUCGCGUGUCUUUGCACUCGAUGUGGAGACAUAUCAAGCACGCCAUGAUAACUCAGAUCGCGACACACUGAGCCACCGCUAUCGGGGAAACAGUACCAGGAUGUUGAAGAUAUUUCAACUUAAUCUUUAUGCUUUUGAAAGUGCGUAGUCUUCACGUUGUAUUACGAGCCUAGAUUAUCGUGCAACCUGGCGAUCACAAAGGAGCUUCUCAAGCUAACUGUGACCUGUCUCGCGAUACCCUGUGUUGACAAACAUACAUCUCUCCAGCGACCGAAGACAGUCCUUAUAACAUGGCUGCUCCAAAGUCUCAACCCAUAGAGGCACACUCGACAAUUGGCGAGGAUGUAGUACUGGAGUUGGGAGCGCAUGGCAUCGGCAAACGGACAUGGUACCGAACUGUCUUUUUUCAGGCCACUGUCAUUGGCCUUUGCGCAUUCUUCGCCCCGGGCCUUUACAAUGCUAUGCAGUCAACGGGUGCAGGUGGUCAACAAACUCCUUACCUCGUCAUGUCCGCAAAUGCCGUCUUAGGAGUCAUGAUGGUUGUGACGUGUUCCAUGGGAAGUGUGGUUGCCAACAGGAUCGGCCUCAAAAACGCCUUGAUCUUUGGCACGACGGGAUAUGCCCUAUACUCAGCGUCGCUGUAUACAAACAACCGCUACGGCAAUGAGUGGUUUGUUUACGUUGGCUCUGCUGCUUGUGGAAUCACUGCCGGUGUCUUCUGGGCUGCAGAAGGCGCGAUCAUGAUCAGUUACCCGGAAGACCAGAAACGAGGAAGAUAUCUGGCCUAUUGGCUGGCGUAUAGAAACGGCGGAUCUAUCGUUGGAGGUGCCAUCAACCUUGCAUUCAACGCGACCGGUAAGACAACAGGAAAGCUAGAUUACAGGACCUACAUCGUCUUUGUGGCUUUGCAAUGUCUUGGGCCCUUUGUCGCAAUGCUUCUGUCUCCUCCCGAGAAGGUGCAACGCCAAGAUGGAAGAAAAGUAAAAAAGGCUGAGCGGAUUCCCACAGUUUCAGAGCUCAAAGCUGUUGCGAAGAUUCUCGUUCGUAAAGAUUUCUUGUUGGUGUUUCCCUUCUUCUUUUAUGCCACAUUCCUACUAUCGUAUGCGGGAUCCUACCUGUCACUUUACUUCUCCGUUCGCUCCCGUGCUUUGGCAUCCCUAGUCUCUGCACUGGCCCAGAUCACUGCGAACUUCAUAUUCGGCAACUUUCUGGACUGGAAGCGAUUCACUAUCAAUCAGCGGGCCCGGUUCGCUUAUUUCGGCACCAUGGCACUAUUUGGGGGAACAUGGGUUUGGGCAGUUGUCAUUCAGCGAGAAUACGGGUUGAAAGCUCCUGCGCUAGAUUGGGUCGACAGAGGUUUCGGCCGUGGAUGGGCGCUUUACAUCCUGUUGCAGGUUAACUUCGCAUUGGCAUACAACUAUGGUUACUGGCUUGCUGGCUACAUGGCGCGUGAUAACGCUGAGAUCAUCCGAUUUACAUCAACGGUUCGAGCCGUUGAAGCGGCUGGAGGCGCGGUGGCGUCAGGUAUUAGCUCUACGCAUGCUCCUCUCAUUGCCGCCGCCAGCGUUAAUUUCGGUCUAUGGGGUUUAGCACUUGUCCCAACGUAUUUUGCCGUUCGAUCGAUCAACGCGAAGCCGCUGGAGGAUGUUGCGGAGGAAGAGUCGAGCAAAAGCGUUUCUCUUUGAAGAUUUUGAGACAUAAUCAUGUUCAAGAGCAAUAGCCCUUGUAUAUUUGUGUUGUGAUGCUCACAGAGAAGCUGUCAACUUGAACUUUGAUACAAGUUCAAAUUCCCAAAUCUUUUUCCAAUUAAGAUAGAAGUAAAGUUCUCGGUUUCAGGCAGCCAAGAGCACCUUUCUCGCUUCGACUGCAAUUUGUGAUGUCAUUUGCGAUUUAGAGGCGUUUCGCUACCCAGCUGACAAAAUCUCCCAUGGCCAGCCACGCCGACUUCGCAGGAGUUCUCGGGUGUAAUGCGGCCAUGAUGAUUCCCGCCA